UGAGUGGAACGAAUGAAUGAAGUUAUACAGUUUUACAAGUAUAGCCGAUCAGCUAUGUAGAAUGUGCUUUUCUGAUCAGUGUUGCAUUGGGUGUAUUAUCUUUAUUCAUACCAAGAGCUAUUAAAUAAAAAUGGAGACACCAGAUGAAACAAUUGUGAGGUUAACUGGCGAGUUGGAGGAUGCACAACUGGAAAAAGUUCAGGCUGCAGAGUAUGGUUUGCAAGUACUGGAAGAAAAGAGACAACUCCAGCAUCAAUGUGAGGAACUUGAAAGCCAGCUGGAAAUGACUCAACGUGAAUUAGAAAAUGCUCGCCACGAAUUUGAUCUAAGCACCAAGGCACUUUACUCGACCAAAACCAAGACCAAGAAAGCAUUCUGCGAGGGAGAGCUAAGAGAGGAUAGUCUUGAAAAACAAUGUAAAGAUGUAGAGGAGAGACUUAUUCAAGUGGAGAAGGAAAGAGAUAUUGAAUCUUCUCAAAGCAAAAUUGCUGUUGCAAACGCACAAGAAGAAGCGGAUCGUUUAACCAUUCUUAACAAUGAAUUAAAUAUGAGUGUACAAGCGUUAGAUCAGCAACGAAUAGCAUUGAGACGAGAUCUGAAGGAACUAAAGUCCCGAGAAGCGCAUUUGAUGGCUGAUUAUUCUGAAUUGGAGGAGGAGAAUUGUUCUUUACAAAAGCAGGUUUCAGUGUUACGUCAAUCCCAAGCUGAGUAUGAAGGAUUUAAACAUGAGAUACGUCGGUUGGAAGAAGAAGCUGAAUUCCUAAACAGUCAACUGGAAGAAGCAUUAAAACUGAAAGACCUCCUCGAGCACCAGCUUGAUGAUGCACACGAGACCAUCGCGAAGGAACGGGAAUUGAAACUUAGUUUAAAGCGCGAGCUGUCACAGCACAUGAAUCAAUAUGACAUGGCCACGUCAUCAUUUCAUGAUAAUCUAUCUAAGUUUGUUGAGUUGAACAACAGUAGACACCAAGAUGGCGGAUCUAACACCAACAGUUUCCAUGUUGACAACGGAGAUGAUGAAUUGGAUCAUCCACUAAUCCGACACAUCACUUCCGAUCUACUUCAUUCAACUCCAAGUAAAAGGUUGUCCAGUGAGAGCAAAGGGGAAGAUUUGUUGAGUGAGCUCAAUCUUUGUGAGGUAACAAAGUUAAAGCAGCAGUUAAGCCAGAUUGAGAAUGAGAAUUUGGUUUUAAUUAACACGGUAAAAGAACAAGAAAAGUUGCUGAAGAACGCCCAAGGAGAACUCACUCAUAAAACAGAAACGAAUGAAGUGAAAUACCUUGAUCUUGUGUCGGAAUGUGAAAGAUUGAAGGAGGAUCUGAAAACAAUCCGUGAUGAGCAAGCUGAAAGGAAAGAUGCUCAAAAGAAGUCCGAGAUUGCUCUGAAAGAAUCAAAAUCUAAACAAAUGAUGUUGACUCAGAGAAAUCAGGCCCUUGUUGAAGAAAUUGAGUCGUCGAAUCAUGCUUUAUCAUGUCGUGUGAAAGACGCAAGGCACUCAGCAGAGGAAUUAUCGGUGGUUAGUGAGGAGUUGUCCCAGUUAUACCACCAUGCUUGCCUUGCAGCUGGUGAUACACCACAGCGAGUUGUGCUUGAUAGCAUAAGGAAAGAGGUAACGACAAAACAAAUGACUGAACAAAGUGAAGGCAAAGAUCAAGAUAAAUCUGAAGACAAAGAGAACAUUCUUCCAAAAGAGAACACAUCAGACUACUCCUCUGAUACUGUCACCACCACAACAGUGUUAUCAACCAUGCGUGACCAAUUGAAAUGUUUGCGCGGCUCAAUAGAAAAACUAGCAACAAAUAAAGAAACAUCUUGUACUGUAACAUUGGCUCCUUUACCUGGGCAAACAAGUCUUGCUGAGAGCCAGGAACAAGUUCGACUUUUGGAAGAAGAAGUUCUUCGUUUGCGCUCGUUGCUUAGCUCUAAACGUGAACAGAUUGCAACUCUAAGAACGGUUCUCAAGGCAAACAAGCACACUGCUGAGGUUGCAAUAUCGAACCUGAAGAGCAAGUAUCAACAUGAGAAGUUGUUUGUGUCGGAAACUAUGCUCAAACUGAGGGGAGAACUUAAAGCUUUGAAGGAGGACGCGGUAACUUUCGCGCAACUGCGUAUGAUGUUUGCUGCUCGUUGUGAUGAAUAUGUUGCUCAACUUGAUGCUAUGCAGCGCCACCUAGCAAGCGCUGAAGAAGAGAAAAGAACACUAAACACGUUACUUCGAAAAACCAUAACUCAGAAACUUGCAAUAACUCAGAGGUUAGAGGAUUUGGAAUUUGAUCGAGAACAGCAGACAAGAAAACCAAAGAAUUCCUACGCAUCUGCCGUCUCGCAUGGUAAUAAGAAGAAACCACCAACACCUAAAACUGCAAGCCAAAUAUUCCGAUAAUAUAUUCACAUAACAUAGCGUUCCGUCUUUAUCUUUCUUUCUUUACAUUGCAAUACUUGAUUUGCAGUAUAAGCUAUGUAGAACAAAUCAUAUAUUCCGUCUAUAAUUUCUCCCACUGAAUAAAAGACCACUGACAACUUGAUUUAAGAUGAUAUUCUUACACCACAACUAAUGGGUCUUCAGUACUAUAUAUAUUGCUCUUAUUGCCCCUUUGCUGCCUAUGGUACUUAAGUUCACUCUUGCCCAUUUCAUCGCUCUGCAUGCUUUUUGUAAAUUUAUUUAUUGUACCCAUCAUGUAAUCUGUUGUGUGUGCAUGUAUAAGUAAGACUAACUUUGUGUUUUUCUCAAGAUACUUUAAAAAACAAUAAUUUCUUAUACAUGUCAAAAUGACAAGCAUUGCUGGCAAUGCAUUUGGUCUUUACCAUAAAACAACUCACCACACCAAAUAAAAACAUGCAUUACUUCCAAUGUUUUUUUUCUUCGAUCCUCUGCUUAACUUACACCCCCUUCAUUUUCUUAAACCAAAUGUUGCACCCUGUCAUGUUUGCAUGUCUCUUAUUUGUGCUCAAUUUUUAUUAAAACACUUAUUCAAUUUUACAUUCACAAUAAAUGUUAUAAAAGUAUAUUCUACAA